CCGUUAGCCGCGCGACUCCUCAGCCCUCAUUCAAAACAGAACACAGCUGUCGCGAGGCGCAUCGUCGCGUCCUGCCCGUUAGCCUCAAAACUGUUAGCUGCUGGUUUCUGAUGUGCCCACUGGAAUAUCAGAAGAAGAAAGAAGAAAAAGGCGCACUUCGACAGCAGGAGCCAGCCUCAGAGGAAGACGGGACUCGAUAGACAAAGAAGACAGCAAAACAGAACAACAGGCUAACCUCACCUCCAAUACAAUGCACAUCUGACACACAACUGAGGGCCGGGCGGGCGGGCUUUGCUGCAGCUGAGGAUGAUGAAUGGUCUCGUGCGCUAGAGCUAGAUGGUGUGGGAAUGAUGGACCUCCCUAAUGGCCAAUCAGGCAUCACCACCACCAAUGCUGCAACAGUCUCUGAGAAGAGCAGCAGCUCAGAGUCUCUCAGCGAUAAGGGUUCUUCUGACCUGAAGAAGAGUUUCGAUGCUGUUGUGUUUGACGUGCUGAAGGUCACUCCUGAAGAAUAUGCAGGCCAGAUUACGCUCAUGGAUACUCCUGUGUUCAAAGCCAUCCAGCCAGAGGAGCUGUCGAGCUGCGGCUGGAACAAGAAGGAGAAGCACAUCUCUGCUCCAAAUGUCGUGGCCUUCACUCGCAGGUUCAACCAGACGAGUUUCUGGGUGGUACGAGAGAUCCUCCAUGCGCAGAAGUUGAAGAUCAGAGCUGAAGUACUGAGUCUGUACAUCCGCACUGCCAAGAAACUGUGUGAAAUGAACAACCUUCAUGCGGUCAUGGCUGUGGUGUCAGCGUUACAAAGUGCCCCCAUCUUCAGGCUCACCAAAACAUGGGCGUUACUGAGUCGGAAGGACAAGACCAUGUUUGAUCGUCUUGACUACCUGAUGUCCAAAGAAGACAACUAUAAACGUCUGAGAGACCACAUAAGCAACCAGAGCAUGGUCUCCUGUAUACCAUACUUAGGGAUGUACCUGUCCGAUCUGACGUAUAUAGACUCAGCGUAUCCCUCCACGGGCAGCAUACUGGAGAACGAACAGAGAUCCAACCUGAUGAACAACAUUCUCAGAAUCAUAUCGGACCUGCAGAGAUCCUGUACAUACGAUGUCCCAGUGUUGCCUCAUGUCCAGAAGUAUCUCAACUCAGUCAGGUACAUCGAGGAGCUGCAGAAGUUUGUGGAAGACGACAAUUACAAGUUGUCACAGAAGAUUGAGCCAGGCACCAGCACACCACGAGCAAACGCCUCCAAAGAGGAUCUAGUCGGUCAGGAAGCGUCAGCAUCUCCUCUCUGCGGCCGUAAAAUCACGGUAGCAGCUGAAGGAACCAAAGUCCCGGCCACGCCGCCCUCCCCCAGGAACCUGCUGCCCUACGGACACAGGAAGUGCCACAGCCUGGGCUACAAUUUUAUCCAUAAGAUGAAUACAGUAGAGUUUAAAAGUGCGACGUUCCCUAACGCGGGUUCUCGCCACCUGCUGGACGACAGCGUGCUGGAGAGCCACAGCCCCACCAGGGGACAAGCAGAGAGCUCCACUCUGUCCAGCGGGAUCUCACUUGGGAGCAGUGAGGGCUCUGAGCUCAGUGAAGAGGUGUCUUGGCCGGCUUUUGAGAGGACUCGGUUCUAUCACUCUCUGGGCCCAGUGACCCGUGUGGCCCGCAUCCCCUACAGAGGAGUCCUGAGGCCCAGCAGCUCAGCGGAGUCGGAGGAGCUCGCAGUUCACUUGUAUCCCGGAGCGGUCACAGUGCAGGGGGUGUUGAGACGGAAGACUGUGCUCAAGGAGGGCAAGAAACCAACAGUGGCGUCAUGGACCAAAUACUGGGUGGCUCUGUGUGGAACCCAGCUCCACUACUACCCUGCCAAGUCCCUGAAGGCCACGGAGAGAAAACAUUUCAAGUCCACGUCCAGUAAGAGCGUUUGUGUGGUCGGUCUGAUGGCCAUGAUGGCGGACGACCCCGAGCAUCCCGAUGUCUUCUUGCUGACGGACUCUGAGCACGGUAACACCUACAAGUACCAAGCAGGGAACAGAAUGAACGCUUUGCUCUGGUUCAAACAUCUGAGCGCUGCCUGUCAGAGCAAUAGGCAACAGGUGCCAGCCAAUCUGAUGUCAUUCGAGUGACCGAAGCUGAGGAAGUGUGACUGAGCAAAGAGGGAGAGAGGGACGAGGAGACAGAGGAGGAGGAGGAUGAGGAGGAGUAUUGACUCAGUAGUGGGAGCUUUCACUGCCAUGAGCCCUGAACGCCGAUUCUCCGAUUCUAGCCCCGGCCUCACUGCAGCCUCACCUGCCACCACUGCCUUAACCAGAGUACCCUGUGUGUGUGUGUGUGUGUGUGUGUGUGUGUGUGCGUGUGCGUGUGUGUGCGUGCGUAUGUCUGUGUGCGUGUGUGUGUGUGUGUGUGUGUGUGGAUGUUUGUGAGUGUUUUGGGUGUACUGACUACUGAACAAGGACCUGCACCACUGCUCUCGUCUCCCAUUUGCUCUUGGUGUCUUUUUGUUUUUACUGUCCAGCACUUCAGUGGAGCCGUUCUUCUUCUCCUCUCCUCUCUCACAGACUGACAGACUGUUCUCUCGGGUGGACAGAGAUAAUCCUGUCAUCUGCUUUUUGUUUUGUUUUUUAAAAGGGGGUUAACUGUUGUGUGCCCCGCCCCGCCGCCAUGCUCGAAAUGCAAGAUUUUCCUCCUUUUAAUCAGCUGGACUCACAAUCACAGCACACGCACUCACACUGGACUAACUCGUUGGACUUUGGAGGGUUUGCAAACACUUUCUUUUACUUCCUCGGAUCACACUUUCAGUUGUUCUCUUUAUUCACUUGUGUUGGCUUGGAGUCAUAGGCUUAUUAACACACACACACACACACAAACAGGCCUAUUUGAUCACAUCGACGUAAACAUAAGGGCUCUGAUUCGCAAUUGAUUCCAGCAGAAACAAUUCCCACACUUCCUGAAUGUGUCUAGUUUUUAUUACAGACCCUCUUCUUUCUCAUAUACUCGCUAAGUGUUCUGUACGUAUGUGUGCGUGUUUGUAUAACUGCAUUGGGUGAGGAGGGGUGGGAGGGAAAAUAUUUGCUUAAAUCCCAAGAAUCUUGUCCACAUAGGUACGAUCAUCCCAGAAUCUAAGCUAAGACGAGUUCACAGCUGGGUAGACGACAGUUCAUCCUUUUUACAAAGCUGUAUUUUUUGUGUUCUCCACUCCAGUGUUGUCUGCUCUCCGUCUACUGACGCUCGCUUCACCAGACUCUCACUCACACUCACUAAACACUACAGACUCGAAACUGUGAAGGAGUCCAAGAGAGAGAGCAACGAGUACUCAUGAUACAUGAUUUUAUCUCCUCCUCUUCUUGUUGCUUAACGUGGUCGGAGCCUCUGGUCUGGAGCAGACAUUCAAAGCUACCUGGAGCCAUACAGACUUAAAAAAAUGUUUGUUAAUAUUGUUUUGUGUUAGUUUUAUUUUCCUUUUUUUGGGAGGGAUGGUGCAGUUUCACAGUAUUACCAUGUAGUAGAUGAUCGCACGUCAAUGUUGUUUUGUCUGUUACAUUUGAAUGUUACAUUUUUCUGUGUUUUUUUCCCUUUUUGAAGCAGUUAUUUUGAAUAUUUUAUGUACAUGUGAAUUUUAUUUUAGUUUUUUUUUUUGUUUACCCCUUAUUCUGUUAACUACGGUGCCUAGGAAGGGACAUGAAGGGGGGAAAUCUAAGGUUAGCACAAAAAAAAAGAAGUUUUUUGUGAGAUUUCACAAAAUGUCAGUGUAGUUCCAGGUCACUUUGGUGCCAAUAGAAACCGUAGACUUAACCAGGAAAGAGUACACUUUGCUGGACUAAUUUUAUUAUCAAUAAAUCUGCUGCCUAUUUUCUCGAUUUAUCGUUUGGUCUAUAAAAUGUUGAAAAAUAGUGAAAAAUGUCCAUCCAAGUUUCUCAAAGUCCAAGGGGAUGUCUUUAAAUGUCUAGUUUGGUCAUUGCAAAUUUUCAGUUCUAUUUGAUAUAAUAUAAAGCAGAGAAAAGUCGGAAAUCUCCAUAUUUGAGAUGCUGAAAAAAGCAUUUUCUGGCAUCUUUGCAUGAACAGUUGCUUUACCCAUUGAUUAUUGAAAUAGUUAUUAUAACAGUUAUUAUUUUUGUAGUAUUCUCUCACUUGUGUAAUACUGUGCCUACCACCAGGAACUGAUUUAACAGGUAUUUUAUGAACCUUGUGCUUCAUUGUUGUGGUUAUUUCCAUAAUCUAUGGUUUCUGUAGGUGCAGAAGUGACCUAGAAUUACAUUAACUUUUUGCAAAAUCUCACAAAAGUACAUUAUUAGUAUUUUUUUUUUUUUUGCUCCUCCAUGUCCCUGCUCCUGGUCUGUAAUUAACAUGGAUCAAGCUCAAUUUUUAGGCCCCAACUGUGUUGCAUCUGAUUUGAAAUAAGCACCUUGGUUAUAACUAGUGCCAAGAGAUGUAACGUCACUGUUUUGUGUGUGUGUGUUGACGAAAUGUCAGGAGGAGCAGAGCUGCAGUGGAAUCAGAUGUGGGUAUUGUCUCGUUACAGUGAGAGAAAGAAAAUGUCCAGUUCCCACUGUGCAUCACACGUGUGUCACGGUGCCACAAAUAUAUGUUUGCUUUCAUUUGGAGCAAAUUGCACACAAAUGAUCAAACGUGAUCAGAAUGAUGGAGAUGACAAUGAGGGGGAAGCUUUUUUUUGCCCAAUAAUAAUCAAAUCCUUUUUUUUUUUAAAACAGCUGUUUACAUUGUAUGUUUACACAAUCGUUUGCCCCAGUUCACAAUCCCUUCACAUGUACUGUAUAAACCUUAGUAUUACAGUAUGUUAGAAACAGAUGUCCUGCCUAUCAACCGGGUAUAUUAAGUUCAGAGUUGGUUAUAUAAGAGGGUGAUGGGACGGAGAGGUGAACAUAUCCACACUGGCAGCACUGGAUCCCCUCUAAUGUGCAUCAAUCAGUCUUCUCGAGCUUAAUAUGCAGUCAAACUGUCCUCAACAUGAUAUACAAGUCAGACAAACAACAAACUGAGGCAAAGACAAUUAAGUCCCUGUAAAAAGUCCUUUGUUAAUGAACUAAAGGAGGUGAUGACCCUGUGGACGAGUGAAUGAGGAAGCCAAAGACAGGCAUAUGUGUAGGUGUGUAUGCAUACUUCUCUAUUUUUCUAAAACAUUGUAAUUGAAGCCACAUUGGCAACCCCUGGAGGUUGCCUGGUCACUGCUGGGGGGUGACCGGCUACCUUAAUCCUCUGACUGUGUGACUGACUGCCAGCUCCACCAGUCAUUGUACUAGAAGGGUGGAGAAAAGACAAGUCACGAGCAGAUAAGAAGUAGAAACUGGUACUCAUCUUGUGUCCAUUGUGGCCUGUGAAAAAGCUUUUUUUCUGCACAAUGGAGCAGGGAGUGUUUGAAGUGACAAAUCCCAGAGCUGAAGCAUUAUGGAGGCUAGCCAUAGCUGGUGAAGAGAGUCUGUGAGUGAAAUGGGUGAGACAGAGUUUGGGGCUUUUGGGAGGUUUAGAGAGCUGCUUAUGUCUGCAGAUGAUAGAGCUUAACCUGCCGUCCUUUGCAAUAUAUUUGGAGCAGUUUACUAUGAAUUGAUGCUGUCUCAAUUAAAAAACAAACAAGGAGCUGGGAUGUAAACAAACCCAUUGUAGACAGUUAGCAUCCCAAGCACAUUUCCAGUCUUUCUUUUUGCUUUAUCUGAUGUUAAUUGAGAUGUAAGCGAUGUGGAUUCCUGAGUUUUAUACUGAAACAAACCUUUUGGAGUCAAAAGUUCAUUUGGAUCAAUUUGGGUUUAUCAUUCUUCCCCUUGAGAAUUACCCAGAUCAUGUGGAGUGCUUUUUUUGUGAGGAUUUCCUCACUGUAACCUGAGUUUACACAAUUUCCUUUUUCUUUUCUUUUUUUUUUUACCAUUUCUGUACAGUGUGUGGUCAAAAUAAGGGAAACGCGUUUCAUUUUGGGAUGUUUUGUGGUUUUAGCUGAAUCAUUUCUUGAAUUUCAAGGAAGUUCAAUCACUACUCAUAUAAUGACUCUGUAAUCAUCUGUUUGGGGGUGAGAGUGGAAAAUUCAAAUGUCAGGCGCUCCCCCUUUAGGAUAAUUUUGGUUUAUUACGAAGAAACUUGAUGCAAUGCUUGACAAUUUCCCCUUUCUGUGGUGAGUUUGUUGUUUCCUUUAAAUUGACCAUACUGUCUACAAAUGCACAAUUUGCCCUGUAUUACCUGUUUCGAGUGAAUCUGCCUCCUGAAUUCAUUCUUUUUAAUGCUCAUGAAAAAUGUUUAACAGUUGAGAUGAAGGUUUGGACCAGAGGAAGUGUUUUCAGUGCGGUUAUACAAUGUGUUUGUCCUCUGGUUUGGUGGAGAAGUGGAAUUAAUGUGAAUCUGGACAGGCAUCAUUCACUGUUUACUAAGGACAUCAACAAAAACCUUUGUUCAAGUCACUGAAAGUGACAUGGGUGAUGUGUAAAAUGACCUUUGACCUCCACCCUUUACCUGGCUCUGUGUGUGUCUGUCUCUGUCUGCCCGUGUCAUGACUGUGGCGAGCGCUGUGACCUCACUGCUGAGUGAUGCGCCGCCUGGUGUGAAGACUGAGAACCAAUAAACACUCUGCCCUUUUUUACUCCACA